AUGAGGUUUGAAUUACAUACAAGUGAGAAACCAUGGAACUUCUUUUGCUGGUUUAUAUCUUCCUUAAUUUUCUUAUUCUUCCUCCAUGGUCUCGACAUCUACCGUAGAAGAAGACUACCUCCGGGUCCUGUGGGGCUCCCCAUCAUCGGAAACCUUCUUGAUAUUGGACCCAAACUCCAUGUAUCCCUAGUCAAACUCUCCAAGAAAUAUGGCCCACUCAUGACAAUCCGGUUGGGAAGUAUAACCAGCGUGGUGGCGUCUACACCCGACGCCGCCAGAGAAAUCCUCCAACUCAAUGACGAGGCCUGCUCUGGCCGUGUUGUCUCAGACGCUGUCACCGGUAUGCAAAACCAUGACUCAGCGAUCCUAUGGAUCUCAGCAAACGACGAGUGGCGAACCAUACGGAAAGCCCUCAACACUUAUCUCAUCCACCGAAACAAACUAGACACCCUCCAAUACCUUCGCCAGAGCGUGGUUGAGGGGAUGCUGGAGUAUCUACGAGAGUCCGGUCAGAAGAAUGUGGCCGUAGAUAUCGGAAAGUUGGCAUUCGCAGUGGCGCUCAACAUGAUGUCGAACACAAUCCUUUCACAAGACGUGACAAACUAUGAGUCCGAAGAUAUUGGUGGAGGUGGACGGGAAGUUUAA